AUGGGUUGCGGCUCGUCGUCGCUCAAGGACGUCGAGGGCGCCGGCGGCCGCGAGCCGAACGGCGAGAAGGCGCGCAACAACGCCAUCGACAAGCAGCUCGAGGAGGACGCCAAGAAGCUGCGGCGAGAAUGCAAGAUCCUCCUGCUCGGUUCGGGCGAGUCCGGCAAGAGCACGAUCGUCAAGCAGAUGAAGAUCAUCCACCAAGGCGGGUACGGCCGCGACGAGAUGCUCCUGUUCCGCCUGUCGAUCCACAAAAACAUCCUCGACUCGGCCCAAGGACUCGUACUCGCCAUGCGCCGGUUCAAGCUCGAGCCUGUCGAGGACGUCAACCGGGCCUACGCCGACAAGAUCAUGGACCACCGCCUCGAGGCCGACACCGCCGGCAUCGACGGCGGCUUGAGCGCCGAGAUUGUGGGCGCCAUCGACAGCCUGUGGCACGACCCGAUCAUCCCGAGCGUGCUGGACCGGCAGAGCGAGUUCUACCUCAUGGACUCGGCCCCUUACUUCUUCGACGAGGUCAAGCGGAUAGGCGCGAGCGGAUAUGUGCCGAGCGAAGCCGACGUCCUUCACGCGCGAACAAAAACUACGGGCAUCAGCGAGACCAAGUUCAAGGCCGGGCAGCUCAGCAUCCACAUGUUCGACGUCGGCGGGCAGCGGUCUGAGCGCAAGAAGUGGAUCCACUGCUUCGAGGCCGUCACGUCCAUCAUCUUCUGCGUCGCCCUGUCCGAGUACGACCAGGUCCUGCUCGAGGAGAAUGGACAGAACCGCAUGAACGAGUCGCUCGUCCUGUUCGAGAGCGUCAUCAACUCGAGGUGGUUCAUCCGCACGUCCAUCAUCCUGUUCCUCAACAAGAUCGACCUGUUCCGCACCAAGGUGACCAAGGUGCCGCUCGAGCGCUACUUCCCCGAGUACCAGGGCGGGCCCGACGUCAACAAGGCCGCCAAGUACAUCCUGUGGCGCUUCACCCAGCUCAACCGGCAGCGCCUGAGCAUCUACCCGCACCUGACGCAGGCGACCGACACGUCGAAUAUUCGCCUAGUGUUCGCUGCCGUCAAGGAGACGAUUCUGCAGAACGCGCUGCGCGACUCGGGCAUCAUCUAGUUCCUCGCGCCUGUCCUUGUCUCUCCUCCCCUCCCUCGUCCACAUCUCAGCAGUACCCUGUCCCUCACGAACAUCUGUCUCUCUCUCUCUCGACUGUAUCACUGCGUCAUGACUCGGGUUCCAGCCGAUACCCCUACUCUAUCCCCUUCCCCCGCCUCUCUCUCCCUCCCUCCUCGUCCAUCUCGAGCGUGACCUGUGCGGCGGCGUCCGUACGUGCAACGUGUAACACGCACAUACCCCCCCUCUCGCUCCUGCAGUGCGCCGCCGUCUCAGCCGCCUCGUCGAGAGCUCGAGAGCUCGCUGUGCUGCCCAAGAGAGCGUGCGGGCCUGGCAGCUCGCUCG